AUGAUUGGUGAUCGUGCAACAUCAACUACUUCUAAUAGUGGUUAUGAUUCAUUGAGAUUCCUCCGGACAAAUAACAAAUGGGAUAAAGAUUUUCUUCCACCUAUUUGUCCAUCGCGUUUUUCGAAUCAUGAUGAUUUUGAACGAUCACUACAAGAUUUUUAUUAUGAAGUUGUCGAUAUAUGGCCAGAAUAUGCGAUACGUGUAAGAAAAGCUUGUCGUUUAAUAUUUGAUGAUUUGGUACCACGUUUACGUAAAAAUCGUUUUGGUAUCGUAUUUAAUGAUCCUAUAUUUUAUGAUACAUUUUUUGAAAAUCUUCAAGUUGUUCACGUUAGUCGUAUAAAAAUCCUGAUACCAUUGACUAUACGUCCGGUGGAAAAAGAACGUUUAGACAAAGCUGGCUAUGUAUAUCUUAAAAUACCAGGUAUGAAAGAUGAAGAAUUAACAAGAUAUGAUCCAUGGGGUUUUAUGCGUUCAAAAGAUCGUGAAUAUUUAUCUCCUGCUGUACUCGUUACACUCACUCAUUCAUUAUUCGAAGAUGCAUUAAAAGAUCCUUAUCCAAUUGAAUUUUUUAAAUUGUUACCAUUGGAAUUAGACAAAGAUGGACCUAUAAUUAAAAUAUUUCAUGAACAAUUAUUAUUUACCAUUUGUUUUGGUUUUGGAAUGAAAUUUAAGAAAAAUGAUCCCUAUUAUAUUUCGACACCGUUUCAUGAUGAUAAUUACUUGUUAUCAAAACGUACAUGGAGAAUAUCAUACAUUGAAUCAGAAAUGAAAUGUUUGAAAGUGUUACAUCGUGCAGAUCAUUUUCGUCAUGCACAAGCUAUUAAAGUAUUUCUUGCUCUUGUCAAAUUAGAUCAAAGUUUUUCAAUAUUAAACGAAGAUAUUAUUAAAGCUCUGAUGGUUUACAUAUGUGACGAUGAUUUAGUGGUCAAAAAUUGGAAUAGAAAACGUUGUAAUGAAAUAUUUUGGUCAUUAUUUGAUUUACUCUAUUGUUCAAUUGAAAAACGUGAACUAAAAAGUCCUUAUAUUCCAGAUAUGAAUCUAUUUCAAAAAAUUGAUAAACAUCAAUUAGAUCGAUUAGAAAAACAUUUAAAUUAUAUUGUUGAACAUCAAACAGAAUUUCAACGAUUUUUUAAUCGACGUAUAUUAAGUUGUAAACGACGAAAAUGUCAAACAGAUAAUAUUUUACUAUUAUACGGUUAUAAUCGAGGUAUUCCGGAAACAAACGAAGAUGAUGAUAGUUCCAGUGAUGAACAAGAAAAUGAUAAUGAUGAGAAUGGAACAGUUGUUGGAACUGUACUAACAGAUGAAGAUUAA